AUGUGCCUGUCCCGUUGUCCGAAGGUUCAGUGGACGCAACCAAAUUGCUCUGCAAUGAAGUUUGUGCGUUUACACUCAGGCUCCUUCCCCACGCUUGGCAGAGCCAAAAAUGUGACCACGAGUCAGGCUGUGGAUUUCCAUGCUCUUUUCCGGAGGAGGAAACUGAGGCACAGAGAGGACAGGAAGGCAAAGAUCUGGGAAGCAGAUCCUGACACCUUGACUGCCUUCACCUGGUCCCUGCCUAGUCUGAGUUGCAACACCAACAUCGAAGACUCCACCCGUCAAAGAUUCUCAAGUUCUACCAGACAGGGGUGCAGCGAUGGGAGAUUCACCUCUCAUCCUAAGGCCCUCCUCUCCUACUUCUUGACAGCCCCCUGCUGUGAGGAAUCCAGGAAUUUCGUCGCCAAAUUCCUGCCCCCUCUGACACCUACCCCCCAAACCCUGCUUUUAGGGGAUCCAGGUCACUCUGCCUUCCUUCUAGAGGACAGAGGGCUAGCGCUGCCUCCUGGAAAGCUCGGCUCUCUGACCUUUAACCCCAUGCCACGCCUGCCCCGCAUAGCGCAGCUACUGCGAGAGGUGGCCCAGGCCCGGCGGGAGGCCAGCGGAGGCUGCCCCGAGGGACCGGGUGGCGCCGGCGACUUUCUUGUCAUCUACCUCGCCAACCUGGAGGCUAAGAGCAGGCAGGUGGCGGCGCUGCUGCCACCCCGGGGACGAAAGAAUGCGGACGACGAGCUCUUCCGGGAGGGCUCCAGAUUCAGGCGGCAGCUGGCCAAGCUGGCCAUCGUCUUCAGUCACAUGCACGCAGAGCUGGGCGCGCUGUUCCCCCGGGGGGCGUACUGCGGGCACACCUACCAGCUCACCAAGAGCGCGCCACACGCCUUCUGGAGGCAGCACUGCGGAGCCCGCUGUGUGCUGCCCUGGGCCGAGUUUGAGUCGCUCCUGGGCACCUGCCACCCUGUGGAACCGGGCCCUGUGGCCCUGGCCUUGCGGUCCACGGUCGACCUCACCUGCAGCGGCCACGUGUCCGUCUUCGAGUUUGACAUCUUCACCAGGCUCUUCCAGCCAUGGCCCACACUCCUCAAGAACUGGCAGCUGCUGGCGGUCAACCACCCAGGCUACAUGGCCUUCCUCACCUACGACGAGGUCCAGGCACGCCUGCAGGCCUGCAGGGACAAGCCAGGCAGCUAUAUCUUCCGGCCCAGCUGUACUCGCCCGGGGCAGUGGGCCAUCGGGUAUGUGAACUCUGACGGCAGCAUCCUGCAGACCAUCCCUUCCAACAAACCCCUGUUCCACGUGCUUCUGGAAGGACAAAAGAAUGGCUUCUACCUCUACCCAGACGGGAAGAGCCACAACCCAGACCUGACCGAGCUCUGCCAGAUCGAACCCCACCAGCGCAUCCAUGUGUCGAAGGAGCAGCUGCAGCUGUACUGGGCCAUGGACUCCACAUUCGAGCUCUGCAAGAUCUGCGCCGAGAGCGACAAGGACGUGAAGAUCGAGCCGUGCGGGCACCUGCUGUGUAGCCGCUGCCUGGCCACCUGGCAGCAAUCGGACAGCCAGACCUGCCCCUUCUGCCGCUGCGAGAUCAAGGGCCGAGAGGCUGUGAGUAUCUAUCAGCUCCAAGGGAAGUCAGCAGGGGCCCUGGCCACUGCCCAGGACUUAGGGGACAGCAGCAGCCAGGACGAGGAGGAGCUGGAGCCAGGGCAGGUGGUCCCCUCGGCUCCUCCGCUGCCCCCUCGGCUGGACCUGUCCCCCCAGACACCCAGAAGGGCUGGCCCGCUGACAGUGGCUCCUCCAGCCCUCCCCAGACUUCGGGCCCCGUUUCCUUUGCCGAAAAUUAAGACUGUGGCCUUAGCCCCGUGGGAAAUGACCUCCAGCUCUCCGGCCAGGGAGAGGGCCACAGAAAACUCCUGAAGGGAAACCCCACCC